GCAGAAAUGGAGGAAGAGCCUCAAAAUGGAGAACCUGCUGAAAUUAAGAUCAUCAAGGAAGCGUACAAGAAGGCCUUUUUAUUUGUUAAUAAAGGACUGAGUACAGAUGAACGAGGUCAGAAGGAGGAAGCAAAGAGCCACUAUCGGCAAGGAAUAGGGCACCUGCUCCGAGGAAUCAGUGUGUCUUCCACGGAGCCUGAGCACACGGGCCCCAGGUGGGAAUCUGCCAGACAGAUGCAACAGAAAAUGAAAGAAACUCUUCAGAAUGUGCGUGCCAGGCUGGAGAUCCUGGAGAAGGGUCUGGCCACUUCUCUGCAGAAUGAGCUUCAGGACGUGCCCAAGUUAUAUCCAGAAUUUCCGCCCAAAGACACAUGUGAAAAGUUACCAGAGCCUCGGUCCUUUGGUUCCUCACUGCAGCACCCGGAAGGGAGCGGAAACACUUCUGCUGCAAGUGCAGGGCCAGUCGCAGCUCCGGCUUCUUUGCCUGUCCCGACUCAGAGUUGCCCGGCAGAAGCGCCUCCUGCUUACACUCCUCAGGCUGCUGAAGGCCACUACACUGUGUCCUACGGAACCGAUUCAGGGGAGCUUUCGUCCGUUGGAGAAGACUUUUACAGGAAUCAUUCUCAGCCCCCUCCUCUGGAGACCUUGGGGCUGGAUGCAGAUGAGCUGAUUUUAAUACCAAGCGGAGUACAGAUUUUUUUUGUGAAUCCUGCAGGGGAGGUUAGCGCCCCUUCAUAUCCUGGGUACCUUCGAAUCGUGAGGUUCUUGGAUAGUUCUCUCGAUGCAGCUUUAAACCGUCCUCCUGGGUUUCUUCAGGUUUGUGACUGGUUGUAUCCUCUAGUUCCUGAUCGAUCUCCAGUUUUGAAGUGUACCGUGGGAGCUUACAUGUUUCCUGAUACAAUGCUACAAGCAGCAGGAUGCUUUGUGGGGGUUGUCCUGUCCUCUGAGUUACCAGAAGAUGAUAGAGAACUCUUUGAGGAUCUAUUAAGACAAAUGUCUGACCUGCGACUCCAGACCAACUGGAACAGGGCAGAAGAAGAAAAUGAGUUCCAAAUUCCUGGAAGAACUAGACACUCCUCUGACCAACUGAAGGAUGCCUCUGGCACUGAUGUGAGACAGUUGGUUCCUACAUCGGACCAAGGCAGUAAGGAUGUGCGCCAUAAAGGGAAACGUGGAAAAAAGGCUAAGGAUACUUCAAGUGAAGAAGUUAACCUGAGUCACUUUGUACCCUGUAAGCCAGUUUCAGAAGAAAAAGCAAAAGAAAUACCCGAAUGGAGUGAGAAAGUGGCUCACAACAUUUUGUCAGGUGCUUCCUGGGUGAGUUGGGGUUUAGUCAAAGGUGCUGAAUUCACUGGCAAAGCAAUCCAGAAAGGUGCUUCUAAACUUCGAGAACGGAUCCAACCAGAAGAAAAACCCGUGGAAGUUAGUCCAGCUGUCACCAAGGGACUUUACAUAGCGAAGCAGGCUACAGGAGGAGCGGCCAAAGUCAGUCAGUUCCUGGUUGAUGGAGUUUGCACUGUGGCAAAUUGUGUUGGAAAAGAACUAGCUCCACACGUCAAGAAGCAUGGAAGCAAACUUGUUCCAGAAUCUCUUAAAAAAGACAAAGACGGGAAAUCUACCCUGGAUGGUGCUAUGGUUGUAGCAGCAAGUAGCGUUCAAGGAUUUUCAACUGUCUGGCAAGGAUUGGAAUGUGCAGCUAAGUGCAUUGUUAACAAUGUUUCAGCCGAAACUGUACAAACUGUCAGAUACAAAUACGGGCAUAACGCUGGAGAAGCCACCCACAACGCAGUGGAUUCCGCUGUCAACGUUGGGGUAACUGCCUACAACAUCAACAACAUUGGAAUCAAAGCCAUGGUGAAGAAGACUGCAACACAGACGGGACACACCAUCCUCGAGGACUACCAGAUAGUUGACAAGUCUCAGGGGGAAAAUGAAGGCGCAGCAAAUGGAAACACAGGAAGGGAGAAGGAUGAGCCGAUGAAGGACGCAAAGAAGAAGGAGGCAAAGAAGAAGAAGUGAUGACUGUGCUGGGGUCCCCCACACCAAAGCCUUACCAGAUGACGCAGCUUUGUGAAACAGGAGUUCCGCACAGGUAAACGGUAUUUUUAAGUGUGUUCCUUCCUGCGGAGUGACUGUUGCAUAAAUUUUAUGGCGUGAAUCUUACUUAAAGGAUAGGAAUCAGUAUUCUUGCAUCUGGCCUUAGACAUAUGCAGUUAUAUUCUCAAUAAGUUUAUUUUGUUUUCCAAAUGUAGUGAAAAUAUUUUUGCAGUUAAAAUAAAGCUAGUAAUACAUGUGGUAUAAGCCUCAUUAAACCUAAUGUUAAACUAUUUUUGUAUCUGUUAUCUUUCAGAAAGCAAAGUAGGAAACUAUAUAUUUGCUUAAAACCUGGCAUUUAGUAACCUUAUUUCUAUUUAUACUAGGAAGGAAUGACUUAAACUGUUGCCUCCUCUUUUUGCACUAAUUAUGGAUUUUUAGAUGCUUGUCACGAUUUUCACUGUAUAAGCUAAACAAAAACUGUAAUCCUAAAUUAAGGAUUCUCAGAAAACAUUUUGAAAGACUUUUUCAAAACAGGGAAGACACUAAUGAAAAAUAAAAUGAGGUUCUAUAAAGUAAUUUGGUAGCUUACUUGUGUGUUAGGAAAAUGGAUGGUCUUUUUUAUUUCAAAUGAAUACAAAUACAUUUUUAAGCUUUUUGUAUUGAUCUAUUAGGAACCCAGAAAAUGUGGGGGCAUGAUUAGUAUUGUAUUAAAAUUUGAAGUGAUUUGUAUCAGCCUACUUGGGCAAAAAAGUACUUUAGGAAAUUAUUUCACCAUAUCUACUUCUGUAAGAUUUUCCAAAAGGCUAAAACUUUGUAAAAACUAAACUAUAAACAGAACUGAGUUUACUGAUAGUAAAUAUGUUUUUAUUUUGAGAUUCAGUCAUUGGAGUUUAUAUUAAAAGCCAAUAAGUUACGUUAUUUAUAAAAAGAUUCUAUUCAUAAUUAAGGUAAAGAAUAUGAAAACCUUAGACUUAACCCACAAUGAGUAGGCACAAUAGUUUUUGCUUUGGCAGAAAACAGGAUAUUCACCGACCUUUAAGCUACAAAUAUGUAAGUGAACACCUCACGGCAUAUGAUUUUGAUUUACUGAGUGUAAGAAUUACUAUUAGUUUUCAUAGCUGUAGUCCAUCCUAAUCAUUUCUGAACCUUUAGUGGCUACUUGAUUUGACUUUGAAACUGUCUGAAGAAAUGCACUUUGUGAAUUAAAAAACUCUGAAUUGUUUGGCCUCAAAUAUAUUAAUGCGCUUGUAUUUGGGGAACAUGUAGAAUUUUCCUAAGGCCAAGGAUAAUGUACUAGUUGUUAACAUUGAAAUAAAAGUGAAUUGGUAAACUGC